AUGAGAGGCGAUAUCACGAUUGGCGCAGGGACGAUCGUGCAUCCUAAGGUCACUAUAUUCGCGAUUGCUGGACCAAUUGUUAUUGGGUCUGGGUGUAUCAUUGAGGAGGCCACUAUCAUUGUCAACAGGAGAAAAGAAGUCAUGCGAAUAGGGGACGACAACCUCUUCGAAAUCGGGUGUCGCGUCGAAUGCCCCAGCGUAGGCGACUUCAACACCAUCUCAACUCGCUCCCGGGUGCACCACACAGUCCGGAUAUCCUCGUUCUGCGUCAUCGGUGCCGGAUGCCUCGUCGUACCCAUCGAAGAUGAAGUCCUGGAGGAUUACACAGUCGUCUACGGACCCUCUGCUGAAAGACGCAAAUGGAGUGGCAGAGGCAAGAUUCAGGAAGCGGAUUUGAGGCAUAAACACGCCGAGUAUUUGAGGGAGAUGUUGCCCAAAUUCAAUAGGUUACGAAGGGGUGAUGGGGUAUAA